AACGACAGAGAGACGCUGACGAAGGUGAAGCAGGGCGAGAUGAGCUUCGAUAUGGAGGCGUUCAGUCACAUCUCCGACGAGUGUAAGGACUUCCUCGCCAAGCUCCUCGUCUUCAAGGCUGAUGUGCGUAUGGAUGUUAAGAACGCCCUGAAACACCCCUGGAUGGAGCUGGCCCUUAGUAUGCCCCGAGACCCUUACAAGAUCAACACAGAUCGACUCCGGUCCUACUACUCAAGGUUCAGGGAUUGGUAUAGCAACGCAUCCUGCAAGCGUUGGUUCCGUCGUAGGACUCUCUCCUCCUGCUUCACACAUCCCAGCAAGAUGGUCUAUCCCCCAGGAGAGGUAUACACGCCCCCAGAGUCCCCAGAGAGAGAGAUUAUACCCGCCAAGCCUGAAGGAUACGAGAUACCCCACAAGGAUUAUUCCUACGAGUUGGAUGUUAUCAAGAAUGAGAGCAACUACCAGAUGGGGCCAGACACUUACCUACUACAGCUGAGGGAUGUAGAGUUCCCCUGUCGCCUCCGCUCCUACAUGAAGGUCGCUACAGAUAGGUCACCCUCCUUCGCUAUGAGUCUUCGUGAGAAUGAUUACGAUUACUCGAGGAUUCCAGUGGUCCAUGAACGGCGACGUUUUACUGACGUGAUGGACGAAGAGGUGGAUGACGAGCGGAAGAAGAGAACGGCGCUGGAUAAGUACACAGUCGGCUUUAUCAGGGGCCGGAUGGAGACCUGUUCUCUCGACGUACCCAAGAGAGUCAAACAGGAGAUCCCGGCUCGACUGUCAAUCAAGGAUGAUGCUACAGCCCUUCGUCAGGAGGUCACCUUCGGCACGCCUCCCUUCCUGAGAGAGAAGCCGGAUACCUGUGCCAUCACCACCGGUUGCCCUCUCACCCUCUCCGUCCUGGUGACCGGAGACCCUGAACCUCUCGUCCAGUGGUUCAAGAAUGACAUCAUCUUGGGUGAAUCUGCCCGGGUGACCCUCAACACUUCACCUGGCCGCUCCACCUUGACCUAUUCUGAGUGCCUUGAUUAUGACGUCGGUUUAUACAAAGUUGUGGCCCGGAAUCAGCUUGGCCAGGCCACUCAUAGGUUCAGGUUGGUCCAGGGUCACAUCCCAGGUCCCUGUGAUUCCCCUGAGGUGUCGGAGGUCUCGGAUACUGAGGCCCUGAUCCGCUGGAAGAAUCCUAUCGACGAUGGAGGUUCACAAAUCCUGUGUUAUAGCGUACAGGUAAAACCAGCAGGACAGACAGAGUGGCAGACGUUAGCUGAGAACAUCGACCACGAGUUCUACCUUGUGAAGACUCUGGUAGCUGAGAGUGUCUACCAGUUCAGGGUGGCAGCUAAGAACUUCGUAGGCUGGGGUGACUUCUCCGCCUCUACAGCUGCUAUCAAGACCCUCCCCUCAGGAGGAGCGACCAAAGUCCAGAUAAGCCGAGGGAUGCAGUUCCUCCAGCGGCUGACAGAGGGCGGGAAGAUCGUAUCCCCAUGGCCAGAGAAGAGGGAGUUAGAUUACUCCAAGGAGAAGGAGCCAGUCAAACUCAAGACUGGAGACAGUGCCCAGCUUCAGGUAAGAAAAUACAGCAUGGUCUCAGAGAUCUCCCGCGGUAAAUUCUCCGUCAUAGCCAAAUGUGUCCGGCUUGACGACCGCCGACAGUUCGUGGCCAAGAUACUGCAACACAAGGACAGAGAAUACGCCGUCAAGGAGGAGUUUGAGGUGUUGAGAACUGUCAGACAUGAGAGAAUCGCCCAGCUUUAUGAGUCAUACAGUGUAAACAACGUGACAGUGUUCGUGAUGGAACCGCUAGGGGGAAUAGACAUCCUCACCUAUCUGGCCUGUCAGUACGAAUAUACGGAGCAGAACAUCUUCACUAUGGUCACUCAGGUAUUGGACGCUCUGUCAUACCUACACUGGCGCGGAUACUGCCACCUAGACAUACAACCAGACAACAUCGUCCUCACCACUACCCGACGCUGUGAUGUAAAGCUGGUAGACCUGGGUAGUGCACAGAAAGUCUCCAAAUUGGGCUCUACAGUACCUAUCAACGGACUCCUAGACUAUAUUGCUCCUGAAGUCUUAUCAGAUCAACACGCGUUCCCUAACAGCGACAUCUGGUCUCUGGGCGUCGUUACCUAUCUCCUGUUGUCCGGGGUUAGCGCCUUCAAGGGUGACGAUGAAGACGAGACGAAAGAGAAUAUUCAGUUCGUCCGAUACAGAUUCGAACACUUGGGGAGCAACACAACGCAAGAGGCUAUUAGGUUCCUUAUGCUGAUCUUCAAGAGAGAUCCCAGCAAACGGCCGACGGUGGAGGAGUGUCGGGAACAUCGCUGGUUGACCGAGAACGACUUCAUGUCCAAGAAGAGAGAACGAGCCAACUUCUACGGCAGCAGACUAAGGGAGUACGACCUGGCGUACCACAGGGCGAGGGUUGCCUCCGCCACCAAAUCUUCAGACUUGCUCAACUUCAACAACGCUGACCUACCCAAGGCGAUUACCUACGACCAGGAGAUGCUGUGUACUGUCUAGGAGACCACUAGACCCUCCACCACCUUCCAGAAGACCUACAGUCCUACACCAUUCUCUCGCAGGCUGAGGUUUCCGCCCACCAUGCAGGAGGUGAGGUACAAUAUCAUCUAGAGAAGAAAACACACCCCCGUCAUCUUCUGUAUGAGCAGAAGAAGCUGGUGGUCGUCUCAGGGUUAUCAUCUUGGUCUUCUGGAAGGUCUGAGGAGUCAUCACCACGUCCAUUUGAUAUUAUAUGCCUCGCAUCACCCGUUCCCUGGAGCCUCCGGUCUGUGAAGUCUGCUGGCUGAAGACUCUCCCGUCCAAAGCACCACCGUCUUGGGGUUCUUUCUGGCCUGGCGGCGUCCUGGCUACACUCCCGGCGAUUAUAUCCUGCCACGAAGACUCUUAUCAUCACUACGAUAAGCGUCACUAUCCUCUCUGUAACCUUAACAGCAACAACAACCACAAAAUUGAACAAGGGCCAAGUUAGCACUGGUCUCUGGUGAACCUCAAGCAGAGAGUUGAAACAAGUAAUUCUUAUAAUAUUAGUGGUGCUUUAUAUACUAUUAAGUGAUGAUGUUAUACUGGUUUAAAAGGAACGAUUAAUAUGUCCUUUUAGUGAGUACAAGGUGUCCAUAAAGCUCUCCUGGAGUCAAAGUUUGGCAAGUGAUUCUUACGUCUGAGUUGUGAUGUUGAUAAGGAAAUGAUGAAAAAGAAUAUAAAAAAAAAGUCGGUGGGCGUGUCACAGUCUCCCCUUCCUUGUUCAUCCUCACCAAAGAAAACGAGUCUUGGUUUAUGGUGGUAUUUCGUCACGUUCAGUCCAAGUGUUAAGGAUCGUGGUGGUGGGUAACUGAAUACAGUACAAGAUGUAAUGGCUGGUCGUCUCAUUAUUCUAUGUAUUAAGUGUGUGAUGGAGAUGAGCUUAUAAUUGUACAUAUUCUUUAAAGGUGAUUUAGAAUAUACAUCGAAUUAUAUCAUUAGAUGUUUAUUAGAAAAGAGCUGAUGAUGAUAAAUCUAUCCAGUAAAAGUUUGUUAUUUCUGAAGAUGUAUUUGAGUAGACUAUAAGAUACACUUACAUAAUUAUAAGUAAAUGUACGAGAUUGUGAACCAGUUUAGACUCUACAGAACUAGCCAAUGUUAUUAUAGUUGUAGUAUAGUAAUAUAUCUAUUGCUUAUACUAUGUAGUUUGACGUGACCACAAUAAUAAUAUGUAUCUCACAUGUCUCACCGGAAACCGAAGGAAGUUUUGUACUGUAUUGGGUAUUAUUAUGAAUGUAUUGUAAACCUUCAUUGAAGUUGUGUUGAGGGAAGUUGAUCCUGUGAGGUGAAGGUUGUCGCCAAUCUGAGUCUGGUCACAGCACAGAGGAAAGGUCGGGUGUUGUGAUAAUGUCUUCAAAGUAGAGCGACAGAGGCACACUCAGCCAAAGAUCUUCAACACCCGGUACCAUAGUAAAUAGUGCAGAGGCACGAGCAUUCAGCAGCAUCUGGCGUUCCUCCACCCUGUAAUCUUUAUCUUGCAUUGUGUUUAUGGAAGCUAUUUAGCCAGAUGAUAAUUCGUAGUCAUGGUCGUUUACUUAUGGUACGAACAGACUCGUCAAGCCCACCCCCAUGUUGUUGUGGAGGUGUUGGGCAGGACUGGAUGAUCACAACAGUCUAACAUAAAAAUGCUUCAUCUUGUUACAAAAGUUCCUCAGAAGAAGUGUUACAGCUCCUCAGUAAGGUGGUCCCCUAAGGUGUUCAAAAGAAAGAUGUAGGUGAGGGAGAGGAGAACACGGGUGACCUUUGAACAUUAUCUCUCACAAGCCAGAUGGGUCCUCCAGACUAUCAUUAAGCUAAGUGUUUAUCAGGUUUAUGGCAUCUGAGGUGUUUAAAUAAAGCAGUUAUUUAUUUCUGGCACCUGUUACUCUCUCUCUCUCUCUCUUGAGUGAGGGUAUGACCACACUGUCUUGAGUGAGGGUAUGACCACACUGUUUGUGAAAAAUCUAGUCACGAUUGUUUGCUUUUCGAAGUUUAUCGUUUACAAUGAUGCAGUGAUUGUAUUCUCAUAUUUCUUCUUUGUGUGUAUAUAGAUAAUUACGCUCCUUUUCUUAUGAUAAUUGCCAACAUUGCACGAUUCUUUAAUCAUGAUAAUGUAUAUGGUAGCUGUAGGAACACCCUUGUUUCUCUGUUGUGUGUGUCAGAUUGUUCAACCUUCCAUUGCUUAUGUUUAUCAGAGUUUACGUGAUGUCACGACUGGGCGUGCCCCUAACUGGCUCGUCGAGUGGCGAAGUCUUUUUUUUUUCAGUGACGUCACAGCAGGGCGUGUGUCUCAUUGGUGCGUCAAAUGAUGACGUCAAGUGAUGAUUUUUUUCGAGAAAUGGUGUACAGAAUACUGAUGCUCGUCUGACUUUGACAAAUACAGUCUGCUCUCUA